GCGAUGGUUAAAACAACAAAUAUCGCCUUUUCUCCAUAUGAUCAGUAUCAGUAGUUUAUUGAAUUGUUGUCAAACCUCGCACUCAAAUCCUCCAGCAUCGACUGUCCCCAGCACACCUCCACCCCAGCCUAGCGUUGGGGUUUAUAUCACAUACGUACGAAAAGAAGACGCAGCAAGAGCAAUAGCAGCUGUGGAUGGCAGCAAUUCGGACGGCAAAGUGUUGAGUAUGGUCUGCCAAAAUCCAAAUUGCAUGUAUUUACACGAACCGGGUGAAGAAGCAGAUAGUUACACUAAAGAAGAUUUGGCUUCUGUCAAGUACCAUCUCAAGGAACAUGCAAACACCGAAGCACACAAAAUACAAUUAGGUCGACCACCAUCAUCAGGACCAACCUCAGUGUUUCCUCCGCCACAUUCCACUCAGCAGCAUACUGUUAAAAAAGCUGAACCUCUCCCACACCGAAUAGUCGGGCCAGAAAGUGAUAGAGGAAGUAACGAUGAGAGGGAAGAGGCAUCAGCGUUACCUCCAACUGCAUCUUGGGCCGCUAAACCAUCAA